AUGUAUAUAUCGUUGGAAGAGCGAGAAUUUUGUGGCGAACAUGUGCAUAUUGAUUUGAGAAAUGUUGAACAAUUGGAGGAUUGUAUUCAUGAAUUGAAUACAUGUAAGAACCCUCCACACAAUCAAGAGGAAAGAAUUUUACGAGUUUUUCAAAUUACUGACACUCAUUUGGGGCCGUAUAUGAGUUUGGCAAAGUUGAAAAGAAUUUGUGAAAAUGUUGUGAAACGUGAGCAUGAAAUCGAUUUGGUCAUAAUUACUGGAGAUAUGGAAACUUUUGAUACACAUCAUGAUGAGCAUGCAUUGAGGUUGGCAUUGGAUCCCUUAAAGAAAAUUUCUGAAAAAGUGGUUGCUUGUUUAGGAAACCACGAUUAUGAAGUGUUGGAAAAGGUUAGAAAUGCGUUUAAAGAAAAUAACAUUCGAUUAUUGGAGGAUGAUCAACAUGUGAUACAAAUCAAAAGAUGGCAUUCGAGACGGAGAAAUGAACAGAUUCCUAAUGACGAUAACAUGUGCAACAACGAACCACUGACAAGCAACAUCAAUAACCUUGUACAAAUCGUAGGAAGUGUUUACAAAUUUGCAGGCAUUCGAGAAUCGACAGCUCACAUCCAAGAAUUGUGUACCAAAUUUCCAAGAAUAUCUUCAGAUAUUCCAAGAUUAUUUCUCAUUCACAAUCCCUUAAUACUGAAUUACAUGCCACUCGAAGAGACUGGUACAAUGAUCUUUAGUGGUCAUUAUCACGGCGGACAAAUUGGUAUCACAUUCAAGCGCCUUACAAUAUUCAAAGUAUUGUUCUUUGUUGUCAGGAAAGUCUUGAAAAUGGAUCUGUCUCAUUUCAGACGUCGAGCACCAGAUCAAGGUUAUUAUGGUCGUUCACAGGUAAGACUCUAUUCACAUCGUGGAACCGGCCACGGAUUUCCCUUACGAAUGGCAAUUCCUACUGAGCAAUCCCUCAUUCACUUGUAUUAUUAA